AUGGCGAUCGGUCAAACUCCUGAUGUUGAACACAAAUUGAAGUCCUCAGAUGACAGUCAUGACGCCGAGAUUGAUCACAUUAGCGAGCUCGCAUCACAGAUCGCCAUCCACGAUGACGGAACCACGAAGACGAUCGACGCGUUGCGGAGACGAACGCGCUAUGCUGAUCUUUCGGGUGUUGAAGAGGGGACACUGAUUGUCUUCGAUCGUUAUUAUAGGUUCAGAACAGCGACCUUGGCGAUGCGACAGUCGGAUUCGAUAUCGCAUCACACGGAGGACGACAGCAAGAACAAAAUUGUUCUCCAGGACUAUUCGCACAACUUCGAGCUCCACACUUCGGCGUCUCGCCCAUACAUACUUUUCGGAACCGCCGGGACCCCAAUCACGAUGGAUCUUCUCGAGGAACUAGUUAGGUUCCUCCUCCCAGGCGCGUUUAUCGAUGUUGAAUUUGCCUUGCCUGUUGGGCACCACAAGAUCACAGAAAAUCCCGAAGGUUUUUGGGUCGUGGACAUGAUGAAAGCUGCCGGACUGGAAAUCUCCCACGGAAAAGAAUUUCCUGGCUCGAUUGAAUUGGAGCUUGUAAAGGAGAUAGGCCAAGGGAGAAUGGAUGACUGGGAUGGCAUAACCGGAGAAAGAUCAUUAGGUUUGCCUGAAGUACUUGAGCAUUACGGUCUGUGGAAAGACGCCCUCGAAGCCACAAUGUACGUCAGCUCUCAUUGA